CUUUAUGCCACUCAGGGUAAGUGGAGCUAUCUCCAUCAACUAAUGCCCGCAAACCGCCGCCGGCAACGCCAAAAACCAUGAGCGCUGCGAAUUCACAGCCACGGCCAUCGAUGCGGACCGUAGUCCAAGGCAUCAUCGACAGCCAGCAAAGCCGGGCGCUUGUCCAGCCGGCGGCGGGGCGCGCGCCACUGCUCCUACGCGUCAAAGGUACGCUGAUGUGCGAGGAAUACGACGAGCGACACGAGCUGCGCGUCAUGAACUGCGCCGGCGGGAUGCAAGCGGCGGAGUCCUUCGACGAGUACAUGCAGGUGGUCGUGGGCGAGAUAGUCGCGCUACGGGAUGCGGUACUCAUGUUCUUCCCGCCCGACCCAGCGGAGAGUGAAGGUAAUAACGAUCAUGUCCUCCUGAGCUUGUGGCACGAAGGCCUCCGGUCUGUACUCGCGCACCUGGGCGUCCCGUGGCCGCUGGGAGAGGCACUGGAGUGCGUCGACAUCCGGGACUUCGACGGGCUCGACGACGAUCGCGACGCCGUGGCGGACAUCGACACUUGGCAAAUCCUGCAUGACGCGAUGGACCGGCUCACGGAGCGGUGCAUGGGCAACACGAUCGACACCUACAAGCUACUGGGCGCGCCGCACGAGGCCGACGGGACUGUGGAGACGCAUCAAGACGGCCUGUGCUGGGCCGUGGCGGUUGAGGGCAAAUUUGAACAGGACUUUGGCAAGGAAUGCGACCCGGAGUACGAACCCCCUCUGCCGGUCUGGGGCCGGGGCUCCCUAGGUCAAAACUACUGAUGUCCGCUGUGGUUGUGAUACUAAGU